AUGUUUGAACAAUUUAUUUCUUCAACAACAAAAUAUUUAUUAUUAUCAUUACAUAUUAUACGUGAUACAAAUCAAGCUAAUGAUUUAUGGAGUAUAGCAGGUGUAGAAUAUUGUUUAUGUAAACAAAUCAAUUAUGACAAUUUUCUCUUAAUUGUUCGUGAUUAUUUUGGUGGUAGUUGUGAUUAUUCAGCUAAAUGUAUUCGACAAUCAUCUAUUUACAGAUAUUCUCAUGGAACUUUGCUAUUUUCAAUACCAAGUCUCUAUUUAGAAUGUUUUGCAAUCGAAGCAUUAUUACAAUAA